AUGAGAAAUGACCAUCAGACAUCGAAAGUGAAGGUUAAUGGGGAUCUUGCAAAGUUUGCUUUUAAAAUGAUUGGGGCAGAUGAAAGCCAUGUGAUGUAUGGCGACAUGGUACCAAAGACCAUAGCAGGGAAGAUUUUUGGUUCCAUCUGCUCACUGAGUGGCGUGCUGGUCAUUGCACUACCCGUGCCUGUGAUCGUGUCCAACUUCAGUCGGAUCUAUCACCAAAACCAACGAGCAGACAAACGAAGGGCACAGAAGAAAGCAAGACUGGCCAGGAUCCGGGCAGCCAAAAGUGGAAGUGCAAAUGCCUACAUGCAGAGCAAGCGGAAUGGGUUACUCAGCAACCAGUUGCAGUCUUCAGAGGAUGAACCCGCCUUUGUUAGCAAAUCCGGAUCCAGCUUUGAGACACAACACCACCACCUGCUUCACUGCCUGGAGAAAACCACGAACCAUGAGUUUGUGGAUGAGCAAGUCUUUGAAGAAAGCUGCAUGGAAGUUGCCACAGUUAAUCGUCCUUCAAGUCACAGUCCCUCCAUGUCUUCACAACAAGGGGUCACCAGCACUUGCUGCUCACGGCGACACAAAAAAACUUUCCGCAUUCCUAAUGCCAACGUGUCAGGAAGUCAUAGAGGCAGUGUGCAAGAACUCAGUACAAUUCAGAUCAGAUGUGUGGAGAGAACUCCGCUAUCCAACAGCCGAUCCAGCUUAAAUGCCAAAAUGGAAGAAUGCGUUAAACUAAACUGUGAACAACCUUACGUGACCACAGCAAUAAUAAGCAUCCCAACACCUCCGGUAACCACACCAGAAGGUGACGACAGGCCAGAGUCUCCAGAGUACUCCGGAGGAAACAUUGUCAGGGUGUCUGCUUUGUAA